CGUGUAGUUGGAAUAAACAAAGAAAAAGCCAUUCAAGCUUAAAAAGAAAGUCACUUUAGCUAAUACUCUAGUGAGAAACUAUCAGAUCAAGGAUCAUAUACGGCGUCGUUCCAGCUACGCUGCUAAAUUUUACUUCGUCUAAUCCCCGCCGUUAAAUGACGUCAUCAUCUUCGAUGUUAAACAACAACAGUAUCUCAAUCAAUGUCUCCGACGACGAACCCGACGAAUUCGCCAACAAGCUUAGAGCGCGAGCCCGUAGAAAGAGAAAGAAAAUUGGUCUCCGAGGAGGCAAAACCGGUACCGGAUUCUCUCAUAUUGUCGUUAAAAAGCUCCUUAAGUGGUGGCCUGUUGUGGUGUUUUUACUUGCUGCUGGUCUUCUCGUAUUCGAAGCUUCUCGAAUUGGAGGAAAACCUGGUAAAAAAUUGAAUUUGGAAACUGGACAUGGUAAAAUUCAUGAUAAGGUUGUUGAGAAAAAAGUGCCGACGAAUUUGAAUCGGCUUGAUCCGGUUACUCAUGUUGUUCAUGGAGUUAGAGAGCCUUGCUUGAAGCUACUACCAGCUGAAGAACUUGAGCAUCUUGAUUUCCCCAUGGAUAAAGUACCUGCUGAUCCUAUUAAACGGGUGAUAUACAUUACAGAGGCCAAUCCUGCUUCUAUAGAUGAUGGUAUGCCAUUUGAGCAACACUCGGUGGAGUCAAGAUUUAAUUUAUUCACAGGAAACCAAACUCUCAAGCAGAGGGAUGAAGGUUUUAAGGUGAAAGGAGCGGAUGCAUCCAUCCACUGUGGUUUCUACAGCGAGAAAGGAGGCUUUAGGAUUUCUUCUGAAGAUAGAAGUUAUAUGGAAUCAUGCAAAGCUGUGGUGUCGACUUGUGCAUUUGGUGGUGGAGAUGAUCUCUAUCAACCUAUAGGAAUGUCAGAGUCAUCUCUCAAGAAGGUUUGCUUUGUGGCUUUUUGGGAUGAAAUUACACUUGCAUCACAAGAGGCAGAUGGCCAUAAAGUUGGUGAUGACCGUUAUAUUGGAAAGUGGCGCAUCAUCCUUGUUAAGAAUUUACCAUUCACAGAUCAAAGGUUGAAUGGUAAAAUCCCAAAGAUGCUGGCCCAUCGUCUCUUUCCGAAUUCUAGAUAUUCCAUAUGGGUAGACUCAAAAUCCCAACUUAGGAGGGACCCAUUGGGUGUGUUGGAAGCUCUGCUCUGGCGCUCAAACUCUGUACUAGCAAUCUCAGAACACGGGGCUAGGAGUAGCGUGUAUGAUGAGGCAAAGGCUGUGGUCAAGAAAAACAAAGCAACCCCGGAGGAAGUGGCCGUGCAGUUAGCUCAGUACCGUCAAGAUGGACUCCCUGAGGAUAAGAGAUUCAAUGGGAAGAAAGCUCUAUCUGAGGCUUCAAUUAUUGUGAGAGAGCACACACCAUCGACUAAUCUGUUGAUGUGCCUAUGGUUCAAUGAGGUGGUUCGCUUUACAUCCCGUGAUCAACUGAGUUUUCCAUACGUCCUUUGGCGGUUCAAAGAAUUCAGAAAUAUCAACAUGUUUCCUGUUUGUACACGCAAGGAUCUCGUCAAUAGCAUGGGUCACAUAAGAAAAGCUAAGCCUCUGACAAGUUGAUGUAUAUUCAUGGUUUGCACAAGAAGGAUAGGCGAACCAAGAACGCUCAGGUCUUUCUCCAAGUUUCGGGCAUAUUUGCAUCCUCCAUGGAUUAGCACAUUCCUAUUUAUUCUUCAGAAUUUGAAGGGCACUUUUUUUGCAGCCCUGGUGGGAUACAGAGAGGCCGAGAGGGUCUCAUCAAUGGGGAGGAGAAAAAAGCAGUGAUGGUAUGUUGUGCAUUUGAACAAACUGGCCUUCUUUGGAAGGGAUCUAUUUAUAAUUCUUUUGUUGGUCUACGUAUCCUGUAUUAAAAUCACGGUGCAUUUUCCAAAUGUGAAGCACCAAGUUUAGCUUUCUUGAAUUAGUGCAGGAUUUGCUGUAAACUAUGAUGUAAAAUAAUAUUUGAUUGAAUAUUUGGUUACUUAAUUGUAGGUGAAAACUUACUUGGUA